CCCGGCGCAACAAAUGCCCCAAGUCCGGCUCCUCAGAGAAUUGGCACGCCCUCGCGCAAUGUAAAUGGCAACGAUGCCACUUCUCGAGCUACGUCUCAGCACCCAGAUCCGGCGCCUACGAUCCCGAAGGAGGCUCCUCCUCAUGGUGCGCCGACGAGACAAUAUCUGAAUAGUAAGGUUACGGGGCCUUUAUUGGAUGGAAUGAAGCAGAUUGCAAAGGAGCAACCAAGGGAUCCUUUGAGAGCUCUAGGGGAAUAUUUACUGCAGAGGUCGAAGGAAUUGGAGGGUACAUAA